CAAAUCAUAUUUACUGCUGGCAGGUGGUGCUUUUACAGAGUUCCAGGUGUGGAGGACAAGAAACAGGAAGUUCAACGUUCGGAAUCGAAAGAGCGAUCAAACAUGUCCAACGAUGUCAGAUAUUGCGAGAAGUUCUCCUACGUCUUUCUAAAGUUCGCCCUCAUUUUAUAUUCCACUAUCUUCUGGCUGGUUGGGGGGUUCAUCCUAGCCAUCGGUAUCUAUGCGGAGGUGGAGCGGCAGCACUACAAAACCCUAGAUGGGGUGUUCCUGGCCCCCGCCGUCAUCCUGAUCGUCCUGGGGGUGGUGAUGUUCAUUGUCUCGUUCAUCGGCGUGUUAGCCUCCCUCAGGGACAACCUGCUGCUCCUCAAAGUGUUUCUCUACACCUUGACAGUCUGUCUCGUUCUGGAGCUCCUCGGUGGCAUUCUGGCUCUGGCUUUCAGGCAUCAGACUGUGGAUCUCUUAAACAAAAACAUUCGCAAAGGAAUAGUGAAUUACUACGAUGAUCUGGAUUUCAAAAACAUCAUGGACUUUGUUCAGAGAAAGUUCAAGUGUUGUGGAGGGCAGGAGUACAAAGACUGGGAAGUGAACAUGUACCAUAACUGUACAGCUCCUGGGCCGCUGGCUUGUGGAGUGCCUUACACCUGCUGCCUCCAAAACAAGCCUAAUGAAGUUGCCAACACACUAUGUGGAUAUAAGCUCCUUGACAAAGAGAGGCUGGCCUUGCAGAACGACAUCUACAUCAGAGGUUGUACUGAUGCUGUCUUCAUCUGGUUAAUGGAUAACUAUAAGACAAUGGCUGGCUUGCUGCUUGGCAUCUUAUUCCCCCAGUUCUUGGGUGUGAUCAUUAGCUGGCUCUACAUCACACGAGUGGAGGAUGCCAUUGCUGAGUAUGGUAACUACCAGGAUGGACUGCUGGACGCAGGGGACAGUGAUGGCUUCAGGGAACCCAAGAAGCAGGGCAGAAUGGCUAAAUGUUGCAGGUGCAUGCCAGAGAUUGACUGAGCGUGCCUCGUGAUAUCUAACUAGCCUAAAACACUGCAGUGCCUGCCUCAGCCUUCCAACACACUGGAGCAAUUACAUUGACAUUUUAGUCAUUUAGCAGACGGUCUUAUCCAGAGCGACUUACAGUUAGUGAGUACAUACAUUUUCA